GUCAUCGAAGUGCAUGCAGGACACUCUGCAAACGUUGCUAUUGCUCCCUAUAGCAGUACCUAUCCUCUAUAGAGCCACUCGGCGACCCGCCGUCGCUUUGGAGGAUAAUCUAGCAUCCCUGGCCAACAGCAAGCCAGAGAAUGCAUUCGAUAUACGCUCCACUUACUAUCGCAUCGAGAACGACAUGAUCCUUGAUCAUUAUCACAAAGUUCACCCAAAAAGUGGGUACAGAAACUACAACAGGGUAUUCUCGAUUUUAGAGUUUUCAAUCGCUUUGGCCGCAUUGGUCACAAUUACUACAACUCGUCCGCAAACGCUUGCGUUACUACCGUCUUAUGCUUACUGGGUCUACCUCGGUUACAUUGCCUUAGAGAGCAGUUACACCACAGACUUCAACUUUGAAAGGAUCAUUUUGGGUACAUUGUAUUUAUUUAUGGUCUCUAUCAUCAGUAUAGCCAAUUCCAUUAUCCCAAGCACGCUUAAUGAACAAUUACUAAUUGCAUUCGCCCUUGCAUAUAUCAUUCCAUCACUUUUCGUACCUUACCAAACAGACAACAUCGCAACAAAACCUCUGGGUGGUCCUGAUUCACCAGCUGCACUUGACGAACCAAAGAGCAUCUUCGAGAGAGCUGCGUUCCUCUAUGUUGAUCCCUACAUAUUCAAACAUUUCCGUAUUCCGGUCAAUAACCAAUCACAAAUUCCUUCAUUGCGCUCUGACAAUCUUACUAGCUAUAUUCUUUUGAAAUUUAGAUCACUUUCAAGCUCUCCACCAACUGUCACCACAUUAAUUCCACGAUUAUUCAAAUGUUUCAAGGCUGACUUGACUUACAUGUUCUUGAUGUCAACGUUUAAGUCGAUAUUUACACUCUCAGCUCCCUUUUGUCUUCAACGCAUCUUGAAACAUAUCAGCAGUCGUGGCGAUGGCACCACUGAUAAGGAGGCUUUCAUUUUCGCGUUUCUACUGUUUGCCGGUCAAAUUGCGGCAUCUCUCUUCAAUCAGCAAGCUCUUCUCGUCGGACGCAAGCUUUGUAUUAACCUACGCUCAACAUUGAUUUCCGAAGUUUUCCUCAAAUCACUCAGGAGGAAGUUCACCCAAGGCGGAACUAAAGAGCAUAGUGAGGGUCAAAAUGGUGAAGAAACAGAAAGUAAGGAAAGUUCAGAUACCUCUUCAAAUGAGGGAAGGAUUAUUAACUUGGUAUCUGUUGAUGCAUUCAAGACAUCUGAAAUUAGUGCUUACUUGCAUUUCCUCUUCCCAGAGUGUCCUUUGACAAUCGUGCUUGCUAUCGUUGGACUUUAUGCUCUGCUUGGAAAAUCAGCGCUUGUCGGUAUUUCAGUUCUUUUACUCACGUUCCCAAUUACAUACUUCAUUAACCGUAUCUUCAUCAAGAUCCAGCAAGAACUUUUGGAGAAGAUUGACGCAAGGUUGGAUCUUGCGACAGAGGUACUCUCCAACAUACAUCUUGUUAAGCUCAAUGCCUGGGAAGAUCGACUCAUUGAGAAAAUGAACAUCACCAGAGCAAAAGAACUCAGUGUCUUGAAAAAGCGUUUCGCUGCUUGGAUCUUCAACGGUAUUUUCAUGUGGGGAACUCCAAUUGGGGUCACUGUGUUGACUUUCAUGGCACACACCAAAAUUUUUGGUCAAGUUCUGACAUCCCAGGAAGCAUUUACUGCACUUCUCCUCUUCAGCAUUCUGAGAUCACCACUUGAGGCGCUACCUGAAGUUGUUGUUCACGUUUUGCAAGCCAAGAUUUCUUGCGAUCGUAUCGCCGAAUUUCUUAACAACGAAGUUGAUACAUCCAAGUACCAGCAACUCAGUGGUCCAAAGGAAAUUGGUGAUCCAACAAUCGGUUUCAAGAAUGCUACACUUGUCUAUGAAGGCGAUGGAAAUAUAGGAUUCGCCCUACGCAAGCUUAACCUUGAUUUCCCUGUCGGGAAGUUCAGUGUUAUUGCCGGACCCGUUGGUAGUGGAAAGACGUCUCUCUUGGACUCUCUUCUUGGUGAACUUUCAUUGGUGGAUGGUAGAGUGUUUAUGCCAUGCACUAUGAAUGCGGAAACAAUCAUCCCAGAUGAGCACACAGGGCUUAAGGAUACCAUUGCAUAUGCACCUCAGAAUCCAUUCUUGUUGAGCAGCACCAUCAAGGAGAAUAUUCUCUUUGGAUCUCCAUUCAAUAAGAAACGUUAUGAGGAAGUCCUUAAAGCAUGUGCUCUUCUUCCUGACUUGGCGUUAUUCGACGAUGGUGACGAAACUGAAGUCGGUGAGAAGGGUACUUCAUGCUCAGGUGGUCAAAAAGCCAGAAUAUCGUUGGCUAGAGCUAUCUACUCCCCAGCCAAGCAUCUUCUUCUCGAUGAUGUGCUUUCAGCUGUGGAUGCUAAUACAGGACAGAACCUUAUCAAAAACGCCCUCCUUGGUCCCCUCAUGCGUAAUCGCACGGUUAUUCUAGUUACUCAUCACGUUGCCAUGUGUGCUGCGAAAGCAUCUUACGUCGUAUUUUUACGUGAUGGUCUGGUGGAUGGUGCUGGUACAGCCGAUGAACUACGUAAACAAGGACUUUUGGACGUGACACACGCUGAUAUUGAGGAUGUUCCACCUGAAGAAAAGAAGGAACCUGAGUUGCACGACAAGAGAUUGGAAACUGUCCAGGAUGGACAUCAUCUCAUCUCGAACAACAUCUUGGUUGAAGGUUAUGCAACACCGGUUAGCGACAAAAGAAAAAGUACAGUAUCUAUUAAUGCGGAAAUACCAGUAUCAGACACAACAACCCCAAAGAAGACACUCAUUGAAGAGGAAAAGAAGAGCGAAGGAGCUGUCAGUAUGGAAGUGUACAAACUUUACGCAGUUUCUCUCGGUGGUACAAUGUUCUGGUUAGUAAUGUUCUUCACAUUUAUUGGAGCGCAAUCAUCUGAAGUUGGUGCAUCAUAUUCUCUCCGUUUAUGGACUAGCGCAUACGAUGACGCAUCAACAUCAUUCAAUUACAUAGUCACUCGCACUGCAAUGCUCUUCGUACCUGAAGGAGACUUCACUACUGCAACAUUGACUGACAAACAUGAUUCAACAAACUAUUACUUGGCUAUAUAUGUUUUAGCAUCAGCUGGAUAUAUUAUGCUCUCAUCCCUCUGUAUGUUCGUAAUGUUCAACGCAUCUGUCAACGCUUCUAGGAAGUUAUACAACAGGAUGUUAACUCGUGUGAUGAAAACACGUAGCAGAUUCUUCGAUAGUACACCAACUGGUAGAAUCAUGAACCGUUUAUCUAAGGAUAUUGAAGUUGUUGACCAGGAAACUGCACCAGUCGUUCUAUGGUUCUUGCAUUCAUUGGUUUUGGCUCUCUUCAUUCUGUUAGUCAUCGUAUUCGCCGCUCCAGCGUUCGUAUUUGGUGCAAUCUUCGUCGCGAUCAUUUAUUACAUUAUCGGUACUCUUUACCUCCAGACAUCUAGAGAUGUCAAGCGUGUAGAAAGUUUGACAAGGUCACCAAUUUUCUCAACAUUUUUCGAGUGUCUCAAUGGUGUCGUCAGUAUUAGAGCAUAUUCAGCGACGAACAUAUUCCAAAAUCGCGUUUUCCAACUCAUUGACGAAAACAACGCUGGAUUUUUGAUGUUAUGGAUAACUAACCGUUGGUUAUCCUUGCGUAUAGAUGUUGCUGCAGCGUUUAUCAGUUUGACUACAGCAAUUUUCUUGCUCUUGGAUAAAAACAUUUCGCCUUCGAUGGCUGGUUUCGCAUUGUCUUAUGCUAUCACCUUCAACGAGGCUGCUCUUUGGGUUGUCAGAUUGAGUGCACAAACGGAAAUCAACCUGAACUCUGUCGAACGUAUUGGAGAGUAUUUGGAUCUAGAGCAAGAGCAGAAAGAUGAUGAGGGUGAUAUGCCCGGUCCAGAAUGGCCAAGUGAGCAUUCAUACAUUGAUAUUCGAUCAUUGUGUGUCAGAUACUCUCCUGAGCUUAGAAGAGUACUCGAUGAUGUUUCAUUUGUUGUCAAGCCUGGCGAGAAGGUUGGUAUUUGUGGACGUACUGGAUCAGGUAAAUCUACAUUAGUUCUCUGCUUGAACCGUAUAUUAGAAUUGGAAAGUGGCUUAAUCUCAAUAGAUGGUAACGACAUUUCUGAAUUGAAACUCGAGGCUAUAAGAAACCGUAUUACAACAAUUCCUCAAGAAGCACAAUUAUUCGCUGGUACAGUUCGUGAGAAUCUCGAUCCGUUUGAUGAAUUCAAUGACGAUGAGAUCUGGGAAAUACUUAAACGUGUAAAAUUAGCCUCAUCCCUCGAUGCGUCGAUGACAUCUUUACCAGACUCAUCAAACGUCGACAGAACAGCUAUAAAAUCAUUAGGCGAGAAGGUAUCUCAAAAUGGAAAGAACUUUAGUGCAGGUCAACGUCAAUUACUUGCACUCGCUAGAGGUCUUCUCAAACUCUCUCAUGCCAAAUCUAAUAUACUCCUCUUAGAUGAGUCAACGGCUAAUUUAGAUUCACAUUCUGAUGAAGUUAUUCAAAAAGCACUUCGUUAUGAUAUGGAUAACGUAACCAUUUUAUGUGUUGCCCAUAGAUUACGUACAAUUGCAGACUAUGACAAAAUUCUAGUUUUAGAUGCCGGACGCGUCGUUGAAUUUGAUUCUCCUGCUAAUCUUUAUAGAAAGAAUGCCAACUUUACUGCACUCUGUAAACAAUCUGGUGAGGAUGCAGAACUGGCGAAGAUCAUAUUCGGUAAAGAGAAAUAAUUUAUAUGUAAAAAAGACAAAAGGGUUUAAAAUGUAUUUCAUUGCAUUAUUAAAGUUAAGGUAUUGAAGAUUAGUCGAGUGGCUUGUAUGUAUUCUGGAAGAUAUCUGUGAAAAGUGUGCGACCUUUGAAAGACCCUGCCCAUGCACCGAAUGAGAGACAACCGAGUCUAAUAGCACCACCUUUCAUACCAACAGCUACUGCCAUGAUAGUUGGACCAGUUGAAUACUUCUUAGAAGCUUCCUUGCCAGUAGAAAGACUGAGAAUGUUGGUAGCAAUGUAACUAGAGUGACGCUUAGCAUUGACGAACGUUUUGAGUUCGUCCACGUCAACUAUAUCACCCAUAGCGAAGACUCUGCCAAGUUUAGGAGAAUCAACAAGGAGCUUAUCAUUAACUUUAACCAAACCCUUAUCAGAAAUGAGAGACUCUUCGAAUGCUUGAACAAGUGACACAUUUGGCUUAGUUCCCAUCGCGUUGAAUAUAUAGUCAGCUUGGAGUUCUUUUCCAGAUGUAGUUUUGAUAGUUCUCUCGUCGCCAUAACCGAAAUUGAUUUCUUUGAUAUUAUCAACACGUUCGUUCAAUACAAUAUUAGCACCAAGCUUGGUCAACUGCUUAUGUAAUUCGUUGUGAAGACCUACUUCUUUACCACAAAGAUCACCUUGUGAAUGUACGAGUGUAACUUCCUUAUCUGUGUACCUUUCGCAUAACUCGCCAGCCAUUUCUACACCGAGUGGGCCACCACCGACGAUUACAACUUUUUGCGCUUUCUUAAAUUCAUCUUGCAUAGUCUUAAGGUGAUCUUUAAUUUCCAUUGAUUGUGUAUCAGGACGACAAGGGAAAGCGUAGUUUGAGCCAGUUGCCAACAAGAGAAUGUCAUAUGGUAUAUUAUCACCCAAUUUAGUUGUUUUGUCCACUUUAACCGAUUUAUCAUCAAAGUUGAUUGCUUUCGUGCCCUUAAUGAGGACAUGUCUCGAUUUCUCGCCAAAAACCUUAUCGAGGGAAGCGACAACUUGAUUUUCCCAGGAUGGUGCAACGCCCGCUCUUAAAGCUGCAGGUGGGAAGAACGCAUAUUCGUUAGCUUCAAUGAGUACAAUCCUGUGCGUUUGCGGUAAUUUUUUAUGAAUACUCUGAAUAACGCUCAUUGAGCUGUUUGCUCCUACAAUUACUACGUUUUUCAAUUCUUCUGGCAUGAUACUACUCGC